UUUCGCCUUUCCUCGUCGUGAUUUCCAAAACAAGGCUUUCUGGCCACUUCUACCAGUCCACUCUCUCACUACAGACACAACCAAGGAAAAGACCUCGACUUUUACUUGCAUCGUUAGUCGAUUAGUCUUCUCAAACUCAAGAAACCCGCGACUGGCGCCGGUUGGCGCAUCCAUACAUCACUUGGUCUCGUGAACAAUCUCCCCCGCGACUUGUUGUAGAUCGCGACUAGAAAAAAGACCCGUGAUUUGUGACGAGAUCUCCACUCGCUGCGCGUCCUGUAGACACAACUUGCACGAUAUCAUAUUACGAGAGUGUCCUUUCAAUCAUGGCCGAUGAACCCAGGCGAUCAGGUCGCGCCACCAAAGGGCAAUACACCAAAGACCGCGAUAUCCAAGAAGAUGCCCCGAAGAAAAAGGGCAAGACAAAGGGAUCCAAAGCCAAAGCUGUCGAAGAGGAGGAACCUGCAGAGAAGAUCCGAUGUAUUUGCGGAACAUACGAAGAGGAAGAAGAUGUCCCUCGAGCUAUGAUCUGUUGUGACAAAUGCGAAGUGUGGCAACACAACAGCUGUAUGGGACUUGCAGAAGACUACGAGGCCGAUACGUACUUCUGCGAGCAAUGCAAGCCUAGCGAUCACAAGGACCUUCUCGCUGCCAUGGCACGGGGAGAAAAGCCUUGGGAAGAAGUUCUGAGGAAAUUUGAAGAGAAAAGCAGGAAGAAAGGCAAAAAGGGCCGUAAAUCUGGCGCCGGCCGGACCAGUGAGGUCGCGUCGGUGGCUAGUCAAGAAGUGAAGGACCAGACACCUCAGCCGUCUUCGACUGGACAGAAGCGCAAGCUCGAAGACUCUCCCAUUGUGCCCGAAGUCAAAAACAAGAAAGCCAGAGGUACGCCUGUCGCGGACACUAACGGUGCCAAAUCUGCGACACCAGCGCCCAAGCCAAGCGAGACUCCCUCAAGACGAGUUUCCAAGACCGAGUAUCCCGUCCCCAACGACGUCAAGGAGCUUGACAACGUCAGAAAGCAAGCUGCAACAACCUUGAUCAAGUUGGUAGAGCAACAGAUCAAAGAAGCCACAAAGCAAGGCGAAUACACCCUGCCGAGCGGGUCAAGCGCACAAAACGUCGCGAACAGUAUGGGUCUUAGACUCGAAGCUGCCCUGUAUCACAUCCACGUAGGUGGUAGUGGUGAGCCUAAUGAAGCAUACAAGGCUCAGCUGCGCUCGAUCCCGUUCAAUGUCAAGAAGAAUCACGCCCUUGCAGUACAAUUGCUCAAUGGCGAGAUCAGCCCCGAAGAACUUGCUGGCAUGGAUCCAAAAGACAUGGCCAGCGAGGAACAAAAGAAGAAAGAUGCAGCUACCAUGAAGGAGCUGGAGAAACAACAUACCAUCGUUGAGGAACAAGGCCCUCGGAUUAGACGUACACAUAAGGGCGAGGAGUAUGUCGAUGAAUCAAGACAGGUGGCUGCCGAAUCUGAAUCGUCCAAUGCCCCUGCUCGCCGACCCAGUGCUAUGGAGCCAGCAGAUGGCGAAGCCCAGAGUCCAGAUGUCAAGAGUCCUUCGGCAAUUGCGGAAAACGCAGGUGCUAGCAAGGAUCGACCUAAACCAACAGUUGAUACUAAGCAGCGUCAACCAUCAGCCAACUUCGACAUCGACAAAGUAUGGUCUAAUGUACAAGGCUCUCCUGAAACCGAUGGUCAGCGAUUUGGCGAGCUGCCUCAGCAGUCACCUGGUGCGACUGUGCGAGAGCCUGUAGGCCCAGGCGCAAAAGCUGAUGCUGACAUCGAUGCGCUUCUCAAAGAUGAGGAGGCCGAAUCGCCGCCUUAUUCUCCACAAGAGGCUUCUGGUGGUGUCGACGGCGCGGUGUGGCGAGGCAACAUUAACGGUGGUAAUCUCGGCCGUUUCCGCGCCAUUGCAAAGCAUGCAGCAGGUGCAACGCCUGAUAGUGAUACCUUACGGAUGACAUACGAUGAUAUCCUACCUGCGGACAUCACAAUCGGUGGUCGCAUCCAACCUAACAAGGCCGACGAAUACCUUUGCGGCCUUGAAUACAGCAACACAUCAGAUCUUGUCAUCGUUUAUAUGCCCGAGCCUCAGAAUUCACACGAUCAAUCAGAGUUUGACAAAUUGUUCCGUUACUUCAAAACGAAAGAACGAUUCGGUGUGUGUGUCCAGCACAAGACGCCAGCUAUCAAGGAUAUCUACCUCAUCCCACUCAAUAAGGGUCAAGAACUACCCACAUUCGUGAAGAAACUCGAGACCGAUUUCCCUGACCCGACACAGGAACGUAUGUUGCUUAUCCCGAUCGUUAUUAAGAAUAGCGAGUUGCCCCAUAUGAAGGGAGUGAACCACGAUGGGUCCGUUGACAGUCCCUUGACAAGAGGUCCUGCAGUCGCGCAGACCCCCAUUACGCCACACGAGGGCAGUUUCGAGCCACAGCCGGCUGCUGCUGCUACGUACAGUCAAUCACCUGCUCCAGCUGGCCAGUAUGGUGCGAACGGGGCGUCGACCCAAUCAUUCGUGCCACAAGCAGCACCGUACCCAGGAUAUGGACAGCAACAGCAACCGCCGCCACAACUACCACAGUCACCCGCCAUGGCUACCGCACAGAAGAUCCUCGGUCCAAUGGCGGUGAGUCCAGCUGUCGUUCAGCUAUGUGCUCAAGCUCCCAAUGCGGGAGAGAUGGAAUUUAAGAUUAUCAAGGAAUGCAUCGAACGGAAUCCCGAAGCGGCAAAUCGGCUAGACGUCCUUACGACAAUGUUGCAGGAAACUAGUGUGGCAGCUGGUGGCUCAGGCGGGUCGAUUUAAAGGGCACUACGCACGUUUUAGCUUGUAUUCAAAAUCGAUGAGAGUGUAUGCGUGUGAGAACUGCCACUUGGUCGAACCCUCUAAAUGACUACCUAGGUGGUCUGUUCCUGGAUCAUUAAAUGUCAUGCAACUUGGGAAGACGCAUCUACGAAUAAAGUAGAAGAGUGAUGGAAAGGAGUUGGAUACGUGCGAGAGAGAGAGAGAGAGACUUGUAUCGGGAUUUUGUGUGUGUGUGCGUCGAUAUAUACCCCCUCCCGCUUCGGUCUUGCGAUGGAGAGAGCUCUGUCAUGUGGUGCUUUUUUUGUUGUUGCUAUUACGGCUUGGGGAGGGCGCAACGGGGAGGUUGAAACAAAGGAGGGAAAUGAUCUCAUGCGGUUUUGAACGGCAUUGUGUAUAUUGGUAGGAGGGUUAGUAGUGUGUGUAUGUCUAUGAGUUUCAAUUCUUCCGUGCUGUUGUGAAAUAGAGUGACGGGUGGUCUUUGAUUUUUUACCCACUUCGUAGGUACGGAGUACCUAGGUACUUAUUGGUAGGCCAAACCAA